AGCCGAUCCUCUCUCUUAACCACGCCUACUAGUUACGAGUCCAAUCCAACUUUUCUCUCCUUACUACGCGCUAUGGAACGGGUCAAGCAACUCGCCGCUCAUCUCACGUCUGCUCGAACGGGUAUCUCUGCCCUGGAGCAAAAGCGCCCUGAUGACGUUGUGAUCACGUUCGCAAUGCGGUCGCCGCUCACUAAAGCCAAGCGAGGUGGAUUGAAGGACGCGAGAACGGAUGAACUCAUGCUUGAGAUGUUCCUGGCGACCAUCAAACAUGCACAGAUCGACCCGAAGAUUGUCCAGGACAUAUGCGUGGGGACUGUGCUUACUCCGGACGCGCCAUACCAGGCCAAAGCAGCUUCCUUGGCUGCUGGUUUCGACUCGCCAGUGCAGACUGUGAAUCGAUUCUGUUCCAGUGUCUUCGUGUAGGUGACCAUCAUCGCCAACCAGAUUCGCAGUGGCCAGAUAGAGGUCGGCCUUGCCCUGGGCGUGGAGAGCAUGUCUGAGAACCCGGACAAUGGCGGACCCUCUCAGAGCGAGCUGAUUUCCUGCCAUCAAGCAGCAGCAGACUGCAAAGAAAGGAUGGGCUGGACCUCUGAGAACGUUGCGUCCGAAUUCGACGUUUCUCGCGCUGAGCAGGACGAGUAUGCGGCGAUGUCCUUCCAGCGAGCUGAGGCUGCCGAAAAAGCUGGUCUUUUUGCGAAAGAAAUUGUGCCUUUCACCGUGUUCAGCAAGGACGCCAAGACCGGAGAGCGCACGAGAGUGACCAUCGAAAAGGACGAUGGGAUCCGCUACGGGACUACUGUGCAGAGCCUUUCCAAGAUCCGUGCGGCGUUCCCGCAAUGGGGAAAGUCUACGACGACAGGGGGCAAUGCCAGCCAGAUCACGGAUGGAGCAGCGUCUGUCCUGUUGAUGACACGGCAGAAAGCCGAGAGUCUAGGGCUUCCGAUUCUGGCGAAACACAUCUCGACCGCCGUCGCUGCGGUUCCUCCUCGGAUCAUGGGCAUCGGUCCCGUAUUUGCGGUGCCGAUGGUCCUCGAGCAGUGUGGGAUCACGAAAGAGGAUGUUGAUCUGUUUGAAAUCAACGAGGCUUUCGCGUCGCAGUGCGUGUAUAGCGUGCGCAAGUUGGAGCUGCCUCUAUUUCAGGUCAACGUCAACGGAGGUGCUAUCGCAUUCGGACAUCCUCUAGGUUGCACAGGAGCUCGCCAAAUUGCUACCGGACUCAACGAGCUGGAGCGUCGCAAGGGAAAGAUCUUAGUCACCUCGAUGUGUAUUGGAACCGGGAUGGGUGCAGCGUCCGUCUUUUUGCGAGAGUACUAGGAUAUUUUUGUACCCCUAUUUUAAGAAUCCAUCAGAUCUUGUUGGUCUUACUAUCUACUGGAACGGUGACUCGUGAAGGACACUCCGUGACGUGCGGCGCUAAUAUUCUUGUCUGUUUGUCACGCACAUGAUGUGUGAUCCUGAGAGUGACAGUGUCAAUUUCAUCCCUCUGCUCCUCCCUCCUCUCGUUGCUAUUUGGACGUUGUGCUGCACCCGCCGCUCGUUCCCGGUGCUCUGAUCGAAUAUCUCGAACUCGCUCUCGUUCGCUCCGGCCCAUCCCUCAUCACCCUAGCUUAAUCGAAAGGCCUCGCUCGCCAUGUCCAUAAAGUCCAAGAACCACACGCUCUUUCUUUCCAUCCUCCUGUCCCUCGCUCUUGUACAAGCUCAUGAUGUGAAUCUCGGCCGCAGGCAUGAGAGUCUCAACCGCAUCAUCAAGAAGCGUUCGCCCCAUCCCGCCAACGACGCUGCUUUCGGUAUAAUCAACGCCGCUCUAGGGCUUAGUCCCACCACUACCGACUCUGCCGUACCCAGUCCCAGCUCUUCAGCGCUGUCCGUAGCUGUCUCGGUUCCUGUACUUUCUGCCGCCUCCGCGUCUGCUGUUGCCUCGAGUGCUCCUCCCCUCUCCUCUGCAUCAGCAUCCGCCGUCUCGUCUGCCUCACUCGUUGCCUCUGUGAGUGCAUCUGCCAGUGCAUCGGCGUCGAGCUUAGCAGUCUCUUCGGCCUCGUCGACGUCCAUUAGUUCUGUUGUAUCGACAACCAAGACUACCGCUGCCGCCCCCCAGACCACGGCCAACGCAGCGACGCAGGCUGCUCAGCAACCUACAGCGGUCGUUGUCGACCAAGUCACUACCGCUCACCGGUCGACUGUGACACAAACGGCGUCCGUGACUGCCACCGCGGCCAGCAACGGACCUGCGGUGCCUGUUACUCAGACUGCGCUUGCUGCGACUAAGAGCACGGUUACGACUGUCCUGAUUGCUAUCGCAGCGUCCGUCGGAGGAAUCGUCAUCUUGUGGACAAUUUUCCGCAAGUGGAAGCUUGGACACUCGGCCAAGUUCGAUGAGCGCAUGGCCCCCAUCGACUGGCAGCCGACCAAUGACGAGGGUAUCGUUCCCGGCCACCGUACCCUUUCCCGCAACGCCUCUGUCGCCUCUGGAAACUACAAUGACAACCUUGACCACGACUUCACUGCCAUGCCGACCAACAACCACUUGGCCCCGGUCGGCGGUUACGCUGAUCUUGCUCGCUCGUCUAGCCCGCAGCCGCAGAUGGCUGAUAUGGGCCGAGGUGGAGUUACUCGGGGACCUAGCACCAACCGCGGUCUCCCAGCCGAGGCGUAUGACUACAAUGGCGACCCUGUCAGGUUUUAGAUCGGAUGAUGUUGUUUGGGGGUUGCGCGCGAUUUUACUCAUUUACCACGAUCCGCUGGACGUUUUGUACUUAGUUUUUCUUUGUUCAUUCCAGGGCCUCGACCCCCUUAUACCCUUCCGACGUACUUAUCGUGGGCAUGAAUGUGCCUCUGCACAAAAUCAACAAUGUUUGUUCACGCUUGCAUCAACCCGACGCGUGACCGCGUUUAUUCUGCGACGCGUCGUCGACUCACCUAAUCUCCUCUACCCAGUGUUUGCCUGGCAUAUGAGUGUUCUCCUUUUCUCUCAGCACUCGUCAAACCCCCUCGAGGCAGGCUCCUCAGACGUGCGGCGCCGAUACUCUAAGAGCCUGCGCGCGCUCGACAACCCUGCUUCGUCCGACGACCCUCUGGCAGGAUUCCAUAUGCCAGAGGUCAAAGAAUACCACCAGCAUCUCACGUCCAUAAGGCCGGACUACUCGAUACCCAGCAGACUACGCGCAGACCAGGGGGAUGACACCAUGGCCGUCGACGACGAGGACGAGGACGACGAACAAGGCGCACAAAAUGAAUCGGACGAGGACGGAGAGGGAGAGGGAGACGACGAGGAGAUGGUUUUUCCAGACGAGAGUGACGAAGAGUUCUCGAUAUUGAAGAAGAGCUCGCAGGAGAGACAAGAGAUAGAGCAGGAAAUCAUGGAGCUGGAGACUGCUCUGCCUGAGUUAUGCGAGGACUACAAACUGGUGGAUCGGCUGGGCACGGGCACGUUCUCCUCCGUCUACAAGGCCAUCGACCUUGGAUUCCACGACAAAUGGGACAACACGUUGUGGCUCGGAUCCGACCCCGACGCGCCCUCGCGCGCGAAGGUCUUCGUCGCUGUGAAACGCAUCUAUGUCACCAGCAACCCCGAGCGGAUACGGAACGAGAUUGCCAUCCUGGCCGAUUGCAGAGGUUGCAGAUAUGUCUCUCAGCUCAUCACCGCGUUUCGCCACCAGGACCAGGUGGUGGCCAUCAUGCCCUACCACUGCAACGAUGAUUUCCGUGAGUAUCACCGCACUUUGCCAAUGGCGGGGAUCAAGAUGUAUUUCCGAUGCCUGUUCCGCGCCCUGCGCGACAUCCACGCCCGAAAGAUCAUACACCGAGACGUCAAGCCUGCCAACUUCCUUUUUGAUCCACGGACGGGGCAGGGUGUCCUGUGCGACUUCGGACUAGCAUGUCGGCUUGACGCAGGGCCCAAGCAGGCUAUCGGCGCGUGUCUGCAUGGUCCGGCGACCGACGAGCAUCCCCAUGGUCAUGCCCUGCCCCGCGAUAGCAAAUACCAGAACAUGCGACUGCUCCAGUCCCAGGCGAAAGCAAAGUCGUUAUUAACGGCGUCAGAAAAGGUCGGAUACCCUGCGAAUGAAACCAGACCACAUUCUAAAGCAAAUCGAGCAGGCACGAGAGGAUUUCGCGCGCCAGAAGUGCUCUUCAAGUGCGGUGAGCAAACUGGAGCGAUUGAUGUUUGGUCUUCAGGCAUCAUUCUACUCUUCUUCCUGACCGGCAAAUUUCCUAUCUUUCAAUGCGCCGAUGACAAUGAAGCUUUGCUAGAGAUGGCGACCAUCCUAGGCAAGAAGAAGAUGGAGAAAGCCGCUCUGCUUCAUAAUCGUGCUUUCUACACGAAUGUUCCGACGGUCACAGAGCAAGGAGUGCCUUGGAGCGAUUUCGUCACCAAGCUCAACCCUGGACUGUACGAACCUCAGUCACAGGACGCACGAGACUUUCCAUACAGCGGUGUUCCUCCGGUAUCGUCAUCUCCAUCACGGACUACUCCCAGCUCGCCUGGAUCCGACACAUACAGCCCUUCCGUGGAAGAUCACAAGCGCGACGUGGAUCUCGCCUUCAGUUUCUUGCAGGGUCUACUGGAACCCGAAGCCACGAAACGGAUCACGUCCAAAGACGCACUAGCGCACGACUUUCUGCGCGACGGAGAGGAGCCGGACGACGACGAGAUGUUUCCGCAUCCGUUCGGGCAGGGGAUCUGUUCGCAGCACCACGGAGUUGACGCUGUGACGGAAGACCCCGUCGUCAAGUUGUGCAAGCCGGGGACGAAGACGUGGACUACUCGGAAUCUGCAGCCUGGACAAGGCAUUGCCAUUGGCAGACAGCCCUGCGAGUUUCACACAGACAUUGAAUUGUACGAUUAGCAGCACAUACACUAUAUUACAUACAUCACAUUGCCUCUGGGACAGCCCAGUAAUCUGGUUCGAAUGUCGGUGGGACGCCGCUAGGAGGCGUCAUCCAGAACGUUAUCCAAAGUGUAUAUGCGAUCGCGACCACUGGAAUCAGCAGAGCCCAUAUCCAGACCGCCCACAUCUUCCGCGGCGGCACUGGCUUCUCGCGCGACACGUCCGUCAUCGUCACAUCGUCUAGUAUUUUCGUGCGCUCAAACAUGGCUUCCAGUCCCGUCGGGGCUUCUGGAGCAAAGAACCGCUGAGGUCUGAGCCAGACUGCGUCGCUGCCCCGUGGCUUCGAGUCGGAUGCAGACCAGUCGACAUCCAUCGAGUCUCCGGUGUCUGGGCCUUGUCCGCGUGCUGGGAUAGAUGACUGCAUCGAGGUUUGUCCAAAUACCAGGGGUGUGGAUACCGGCUUUGCGGACAGGGAAAGACCCGCGAACAGGUCUGGUUCUUCGACUGGUGUUUGCGAACGGGAGCUCGGGAAUAUCUUGUGUGAGCUGGUGUCAAUCAAUCGGAUCGCAGGCGGUCGCUGCACUUCGAGUACGAGGAAGGGGACAAUGAGCGCCUGAUCCGAUUUAGUCUCGGAAGCGGCUAGCGUGGGCUAAUAUCCGACUGACCGUGAAUUCCACAGCAGACAUGAUGACGAAAUAGACGUGGCUCCGAUGCGACGGGAAAUGCGAUAAGUCAAGCGGAUCGUAAUGUCCAAGGGAGGCAAGAGCAAGGCAAAGACUCGUCACGAGCCUUAACGACCAUGCCAUCAUUUGCACCAUCUGCCCAUCCAAAGAGCAUCAGGGAGCAGAGUCAAGUGGGAACAAGCAGAGUGCAUACGAUAUGUUUUUGCUUUCCAAGUAUGCGCACAUCUCUCCCUUGUAUUCUGGCCGCCCGGUAAGUGGAAUAUGUUGGAUCCCAGGCCACCCAUAGGAUAGAGAGUAGAGCAAGAAAGGGAAGUCCUUUAGCGAGAAAGGACAGCCGUAAGAGCUGGUUCUGGCCGAAUGCGGCUGUUAUCGUAAGUGAAGGUAACAUAGGGGAUAGGUUCCACACACCACUCAGGCUUCCAGACAUACACCCCAGCACAGUCGUUAUCCACAGACCGCCACGAACACGCCAGAAAAGCAACUCGUUCGUUACGUUGUCUUGAGCAGUAAGUGAGACUUGCCGCUGCUUUGUCUUUCCUUUGGUCUGCUUCAGAAGUCCGCCGAGGGCCUUGGAGCGCGCCAUGUUGUUUUUCCGAUUGACUUCCUCCUCCAUGGCCGGCCGACAGGAUUCGCAGACCUGAGGGUAACGUCGAUACAGAGACUCCCGAUAUUCGUCCACCGUCUGCGGCUGCCCUUCCUCUCUAGCCUCCUAGAUUUCCAUUGAGCACACACCAUGAGUACGCCGAGCCACAUACAUCCUGGGGCGGCAGGUAGUUUGCCAGCAAGUUGACCACCAGCAUCUGAUUCGUCUGACAGUCGUGGCAGAAGAUCCCAGACCCGUACAUAGUCGGGAGCUGAUUCUUGGUAGGCGAAGCGCGCUUGGAGAACGCGCGGCCGUUGAGUGCUUCAUCGUGCAUGGCCGGUUCUUCGACAUUACCGUUCACGAAGCGAUUCAGGCAGUGGCAAUGAGGGCAUCGGAAGCUCUGGGGGUCCGCCGGAGAUACGGUGUUGUGGCAGAAGAAGCAGCUGAUUAUGUUCGACCGCCUCCGCAACAUGGAUGAAAUGAGAAGCGCGACUCCGAGAGAGUGAACCGCGUUUGACGAAAGCGAUGUCGUGUCACCUGAUCAUAAUUUGUGAUGAUUGCCGAGUUGAAAUUCUUGAUCUUAUCCAGACCAACGCACUGAUUUUUGAGCGUUGUAAUGGCAUCGGCCAACCGUGGCAAUCUGGUCCUGCAGCCUAAUUAUUUUACUUCUUCCCUCUAUGUCCCCACUUUGCGCAACGACAUCAGCAGUCUGUUACUGAGCUUUCAUGAGCGAUAUCAACAAGACCAUUCGAAACCCUUCUCAACGUUCAAAGAAUUGUGGAAUUCUCAAGGAUGGAAAUGGAUCCACUUCAAGGCCAUAGAGUCCAGAUCCAGGGAGGCUUGCUUGAACGUCACUGUACGAUUGUUUCUCGAACGCUUGGUGAAGACCGAGGCUCCAUUCACAAGAGCCGUUAUGUUGUUUGCUCUAUACACUUUCUUCGAGACACAACCGACCGGUUCCGCCCCCGCACUGCACAGGAUGACGCACAUUCCCAUUCCGAUAGACCUCUACAACUCCUUGCUUGUCUUGCCUACGACUCUGACGACCCCAUAUCUCGCCCCACUGCAUCCUCUCGUCUCUCACAUGCUGUCUACACUGGUGGGGGCUGAGCGGUUCCACAUCCUCCCCAGCUCCGAGUUGGGUGCUUCGAACCCGCGCAACUUGCCUCAUGAGAUAUUCGUAGAAGAGGGCCUCAUUGACAGCAACCAACCCGUGAGAAAGGGUACAUUUUCCAAGAGAGACAAGGUCGUCAAAGCGAGGGCCGCGCUUGAUUCAUUGGGCCAUUGGAUGGCUACACCGUCGUCGGCAACGCCCCCGACCAGAAUCCAUUAUGUAGAACAGAAGACACUGUUGUUACAGAAGAUUGGCGUCCAGUCUCCAGAGUUGAAGGAAAUCAGCGCGGGGGUAGUAGGAAGUUUGCGGCAGGCACAAGAGGAGCAAGGCGAGGACGCGAGUUGGGAUGGACUGGAGAAGGUGUAUGCGGCGGUGGGUUCAUCCAGUGGGCUGCUUCGACUAGUUGAUUAGCACCUGAUAAUGAGGAUUGUAUCCAAUGUUGCACCCGAGUGCGAGACUGGUGUUUAUGUUUCACGAGCGUUGAUGUGGGUGCCGUCAGAAACCAAGCGGGGUUGCGAGCUUGACAUUCACUGAUGAUCACACGCUCUGACCGUUGUGCGACGACUGGUUCUUUCCCAACUUUCAUUCUCAUUUACUUUCUUUUGCUUUUUUCUUUCAUUUCGUCGACAUGUCCAAACGAUCUCAGUAUCCCUUCACUGGGCCUUCUGCUUCUGUGUCGUCAAACUCUUCUCCUUCUCGAGCCAUGCCCCAGCUAGCACCGAACGCGCAACGGCGCUAUUACGGGCAAGCGGCAUCUGCUCCCACGACACCUAUUGCAAAUUCCAAACGUACAUCUGCGGGCAGUUUCGAUUCGCUACAGAGUAGCAAUAACGGCAGCGCCGUGUACGGUAACUUUGCUCGACCGCCGCAGUCCACGAACAGCAGUGAGAGCGGGCAUUCAUCUCAAUCGCCAUACAACGUGCCGGGGAACCGCACAUCCGCUGACUCCUAUAUCGUCGAGAAGUACUCUCUGGCGCCAGAUCCCGCGUCUUGGGGAACUGAUUUGUCUCGGCCAGAAGCGGACGAUGUGCUCCACAACGCAGAUAAACGCGACUCGAGGAAGGGCAACCGGGGCAGCAUCUUCACCGGCCGUGGCAUCGCCAAUCUCGGGUGCCUGUUUGUUCUUUGUGCCGGCCUGGUCACCCUGUUUGCUGGAUUUCCUGUCGUCAGCCACUUUACCUCGCAUACCCAGUCCUUCCUCGGGGGGUUCAAUGCCGGCGGGAUCAACGAGACGGGACAAAUUGCCGCCAUAGGCAACUGGGGUUUGAUCGACCUUGAUACGCCCAAGGAAGCGCACACGAUUGCCUCGUACCACACCGCCGGCAAGCCCAUGCAACUCGUGUUCAGCGACGAGUUCAAUACGGAUGGCCGGAGUUUCUAUCCCGGUGACGAUCCAUACUGGGAGGCGGUUGAUCUGCACUACUGGCAGACAAACAACCUGGAGUGGUACGAUCCGGCCGCUAUCACGACAAAUAACGGUGCGCUCGAGAUCACAUUGACCCAAACACCCUCGCAUGGCUUGGAGUAUCAGGGUGGAAUGUUGUCGACGUGGAACAAGUUCUGUUUUACUGGAGGAAUCUUCGGUCUUUGCUGCCGUGCAGCUUCCGGGCACGAACAAUGUCCACGGACUCUGGCCAGCCGUUUGGGCGAUGGGAAACCUCGGCAGGGCUGGCUACGGCGCCAGUCUCGAGGGAAUGUGGGCAAGUCAUUCCAUGACGCAAGCUUUCCUUACAACAUUGACAUGACCUCACUCCAGCCAUAUUCCUACGAUACGUGCGAUGUGGGCACAGUCCAGAACCAGACCCUGAAUGGCCUGCCUGCGGCUGCGACCAUCAACGGCGAUAACUCCGUUGGUGGCGCACUGUCUUUCUUGCCUGGAAUGCGGUUGUCCAGAUGUACUUGUCCGGAUGGUUCGCACCCUGGCCCUGUCCAUGCCGGUUUAUGGUAUCCAAAUUCUACUAGUUGGGUCCCUGCGUGGAAUCUGACCUGUAUGCCAGGAACAUUUGUCGGUCGAAGCGCACCUGAAAUCGACAUGUUCGAGGCUCAGAUCACAGAUGGCAUCGGUGGUCAAGUUUCGCAGUCUGCGCAGUGGGCGCCCUUCAAUCACGGCUACCUGUGGCAAAACACGACCGAGAACUUGAUCAUCCCCGACCCUGUGAAUUCGACCCUGAAUUCGUACAUCGGCGGUGCUUUCCAGCAGGCGACCUCGGUUGUUUCAAACACCAACCAAGCGUGUUAUCAGCUGAUCGAAAACUGUUUCUCGGUUUAUGGUUUCGAGUAUCAGCCCGGGUUUGAUGGGGCGUACAUCUCGUGGAUCACUGACAACCAACUCGUGUGGACGCUGAAUCAGGCCGGGAUGGUCGCCGACGAUAUAGUCAAGAUCGGCCCCAGACCCGUUCCUCAAGAGCCGCUCUACCUGAUCGCCAAUCUGGGGAUGUCGCAGAACUUCGGAUUCGUCGAUUUUGCGAACUUGGUCUUCCCUGCGGUCAUGCGGAUCGACUACAUCCGUGUUUACCAAGACCCGGAUCAAAUCAACGUCGGCUGUGACCCCAAAGACUUCCCGACUUCAGCCUACAUCAACGAGUACAUGGAGGCAUACACCAACCCGAACCUCACGACGUGGAGGGACGACUUCAAACAGCCCUUCCCCAAGAACUCCUUUUUGGGCCAGUGCUAA